GAAGACUUGAGUUUGACCUACAGACGGCCUAUCGCACAUAGCGCGGCUAUUUGGAUUAUUGUGCUAAAUCAGAAUGACUUAGAUGUAGAAGAAAGUGGGCAUGAAAAGAAAAAAGUGCUUGGCCAAACGAAAAUUAAAAAGGUUGUGGUUCACCCUCUAGUUCUGUUAGGGUCGUUGAUCAUUAUAGCAGAUCAGGCAAAGUUACAAGCGGUCAAAACGAGUCGUCGGAGUUCUUUUAGGAUCAUUAAAUGGAACUACUUUGGAUGUAAGCAACAGCUUUGCAGUUCCUUUCGAGGAGGAUAACUCAGACCCUGAUGUUUGGUUUCUUGACCAUGAUUACUUGGAAAGCAUGUUUGCUAUGUUCAAGAAAGUCAAUGCUCGAGAAAAGAUUGUGGGUUGGUAUCAUUCGGGUCCUAAGCUUUGCCCAAACGAUAUAAAGAUCAACGAGCUCUUCCGCAAGUAUUCUCCGAACUCAGUAUUGGUUGUUGUUGAUGUUAGGAGAAAGGAAGUCGACGGCUUACCCACCGAAGCGUACAUUGCUGUCGAAGAAGUUCACGAUGAUGGAUCGCCAACAACAAAGUCGUUUGGUCAUUUGAGAUCUGAAGUUGAUGCUGAGGAGGCUGAGGAAGUUGGCGUGGAACAUUUGUUGCGAGAUAUCAAAGAUACAUCACUUGGUUCGUUGUCACAAAGAAUUGGUUGUCAACUGGAUGGAUUAUCUGGUUUAUUGCGACAGUUACAUGAAAUUGGUGAAUAUUUGGAAUUAGUUGGGUCCUCUAAGCUGCCAGUUAAUCAUGGAGUAAUAUAUCACUUGCAAGAUAUUUUUAAUCUACUCCCCGAUCUUAAACUAAACGACACAGUUCGUGCAAUCCAUGUCAACACCAACGAUCAAAUGCUUGUUAUUUAUGUUGCUGCGAUAAUGAGAGCAAUACUCGCUUUACACGACCUAAUUAGUAACAAACUGACGAAUCGUGAGACAGAAAGAAAUGAAGAAGGGUCAGGAGGUAAUACGGAAUCGAAGAAAACCUUACUGGGAUCUGGAGAUCAAAACAAGCGUACUGCGCAAAAACACGAUGGUUCAGAUGAUGUGAAACUAGUGGACUCUGAACCGAAAUCUAAUGAUUUAGAAUCUUCAAAGAAAAAGACUGACAAAUAAAUUGCAAGACAUGACAAUUUCGCUUACACAAAUUAUGUACACAUUCAUUUCCACGAUAAACGAACUGUGAAAAGUGCAGUUAAUAUGAUACCUUGGGAGCUUGUUUAAUUGUGUGAUUGCGAUGAAUAGAUUCUACUUUCGUCAUGUUCUGU